AUGAAAUAUUUAUCAAUGUAUUCAGUCAUUCUACUAUGUUUUUGCUUCAAAUCAUUACAUGGUUUUCCCUUGUUAGAAACAUGUGGCUAUUUCAAAAGAGACUCGCAAGAUAUACUACUACUGGAGGGCCAAACAACUGUUUCUUCUUCUUCGAUUGUUGCUGAAAAAAUCAAGAAGAUCUCUGACGCGUCAUCAAGAUCAACUGCGACAACUUCCACUGAUAUUUCGUAUUUGCCAGAUAUUACUGGUGCAGCGUCGUCGUCAGACGUUAUUCUGGAAACAGAAAUUGAGCAGUUGAUAGAUUCAGGUGAUUUCUUUGCGCAUGGUGGCUCUUACGUUUUCCGAAACUCGUCUGGCUACUAUUUCAUUAAUGGUACAGCAUUGCUGGGAAAAUUGGAUAUUCUCGAUAAUGGUAGUAGUAGCAUUGACAUUUCGGAGCCCCUCGUUACAUCUCUAUCUCAAGAUGAAAUCGAUCAAUUAGUGAAAUCUGCUGAGGAGAAGUAUAAAACAAAGGAUGUGUUCAAUAUUCAAAGCACAGGAAUUUAUGAGGAUAUAGGGCAAUUGAAACUCAUUUUUUAG